CUCAUCAAACAGGUCAGAGGAAUGGUUCAAGAAUCAGACAGAGAUAAAAUUCAGUUGUUUUUCUUUUAUUUUCAGAAAAACCUAAAGAUUCUAGGACACUCCCUUCUGGAGUUCAAUCAGCUAUGCAUCCUUCUACCUAUCUAUCACGCCAAUUCUCACAAGAUUCGGAGUCAGUGGCCUCCUCUCCUGAAUUACACUCAGUUCUUCGGUUUGAAGAGUCACGAGCUUGUAAGAAAAACCUUAUCGAAUUUCAGUCAAGUAAGUCGUCCUCAGCUGAGUCUGACAAAACGAAUGCAACUCUAUCGAGUGACUGCUUUCUUGAAAGGAGAAGGACAGACUCUGUUUCAACGAUUUACUCAAGUUCUGAUAACCAAGACCGCAAAUUAAG